AAAACUUGAGAACCGUGUAAGGUGGCCUGGGGUGGAGUCAGUGCUCGGCAGCUUCAGCCUUACUGACUACGUGAGCUCAGCUUUGUGAUUUUGUGCCCUCCAGCAUCACGUCCUUCUCAAAAACGUUUUUACUCUUGGAAAGUGGAAUAGAAAACAGACGUCAUUUAGGAAUAGUCGCAUAUUUCUUCUGUCGAUAGCAGCUAAACGAACGGCAGCAUGGGGGGCUUUGAGGAGAAAAAGGAAACAUGUGGAACCAUCUGCCUGAAAUACCUGCUGUUUUCUUUCAACUUUCUCUUUUGGUUGGCAGGGGGCGUUGUGAUGGCAGUGGGUGUUUGGGCCUUGGUCGAGAAGAGCGACUACAUCAGCCUUCUCUCCUCCAAGACCUACGCUGCCUCCGCCUACAUACUGGUCCUGGCUGGAGCCAUCGUCAUGGUAACAGGCGUGCUGGGCUGCUGUGCCACCUUCAAGGAGCAGAGAAGGCUACUGAGAGUGUACUUUGUCCUGCUGCUAUGCAUCUUCCUAUUGGAGAUCCUGGCUGGUGUUCUGGCUUAUAUCUACUAUCAGCAGUUGAAUGAUGAGCUGAAGCAGAACCUAAAGAAGACCAUGACUGAGAACUAUAAUAAAACAAACCAUGAGCACAUCACCAGGGCAGUAGACAAGCUGCAGCAGGAGUUCAAGUGCUGUGGGAGCAACAGUUCGGCCGACUGGGCUGAGAGUACCUAUAUUCGCUCUGGUGCAAAAGGCAGGAAGGUACCUGACAGCUGCUGUAAGACUAUCACCAACUUGUGUGGUGAAAGGGACCACCCAUCCAACAUCUACAAGGUGGAGGGUGGUUGCAUCACUAAACUGGAGAAUUUCAUCUUGGACCACCUGAAGAUCAUUGGAGCUGUGGGUAUUGGGGUUGCUUGUGUACAGAUCAUCGGGAUGGUGUUCACAUGCUGCCUAUAUCGAAAUCUAAAGGCAGAGCCAUACUAAGAGAAGCAAACGAAGAAAAAUGUGUGGGUGAGGGAGGUAACUUCAUUACCACAUGCCAUACUCAAAUAGCCCAUAGGUUCUUUUCUUUGCCUUGCACAUAGGGGAGGAAAUAUUUGGCAAGGGAUCAACUUGUACAUUUGAGGAUCUCAUUUUGGUAAACAAAGGGUGGAAAAAAGCACUACAAGGUUCCUUGAAGUAAUUAGACACUCAAAUUGCACUCUCAGCUCCAUCUUCAAGAUCACAGCACUGUGAGAAAAAGCCUCAGAGAGAAACUGAUGAGAAUUUUAACUGAUUGUGUAAAUUAGUGCGAGACAGCUUCCCUGGGACCCAAACAUUGUAGUUUUCUUCCACUCUGAUUCCCUCAAUGUACUUUUAUAUGUGUAGACCAGGUGCUACACCCAAGAGUGGUGUAAAAAUCAGUGGAGUAAAACUGGCACUUUGCAGGAAAAUGUUAAUCCUGGUCACAGCAGCUUCUUUUCUCCAGCAGCAUAGUUUAACGAGCUCACCUCUGGGGCACGCUUCAACUGCAGUGUUUAGUUUCCACAUUAACAAGACAGUCCUACAUUUUAGACCUUUUUUUCAUAGUGGCCUUCAAACAUUUCACAUAUAUAUAAAAUUAUAAUUUGUAUUUUCUUUUACACUUGAGGUGCUUGCUUAUGAGCUAUUAUUUGCCUUUAUUACCUAAUGUGUCUUCUUACUGACAUGUGUCUGAUCAUGUUUAAAAUCUCCUAAGAAUACAUUAUCUGCCAGAGUGAAGGUGCACAGAUUAGUGCCUUGCUCAGCAGCAUAACUGUGCCAUUUGACAACCCUAACACCAGCUUUUAAAUACAGGUUGACUACUUAAAGGGAUAAACACUGAUAUCAGUGAAGUGAUUUUGUGACUGUGAGUAGUGCCACAGAUUUUACUCAAAAGAAACUGCCUCUUUUGAUUUUUAUUGCUUUCUUUUUUAAUACACUGAUACCAAAGUCAUCAACUGUAACACUGGACCUACUCUAUCUCCUCCAGCCUUACUCCUGUCCGUACUGAUGCCUCUUUUGUUUUUGUAAAUGAAGAUUUUUUUUUUCCCUUUACUGUACUAUAAACAUGACUAUAUUAUUGUAUUUAACACACACUGUAGAAAAUUAUAGUCUCUCACUGUUAGCAGUGAUCUUUCCUUUGUGCCUCAAAGCCAAAACUAAUCUGCUGUAUUUCUGUCCUCCUGGUAAUCCAGGAUGUAUUUCGGUUUAAAUAAACAUUGAUCAAAAAUA